CGGCGGAGCCUCCCUCGAUCCCCGAUCCCGGACCCAAUCCCCGACCCCAAUUCCCGCUCCGAAUCCCGAUCCCAGACCCCAGUCCCGGUCUCAAUCCCGAUUCCCGAUCAACAUGGCGCUCCCCAUUCACCGCCCACCCGAAUCCCCCACUGCCCUCCAGCUCGUAUGGCAGUUUUACUUCCGUGUCUGCUCAUUUUAGCAGCCAAUCAGCGGGCAAAACCCGCCUUAGGGGCGGAUUCCCUACUUGUAAUUGGUUCUAGGAGCUGUCAAUCAAUAUUGUAGUAGAUUCCCAUUGGUUUACGGGCAGAUGGGCGGGCGCUUCUAUAUCCGCCUUUCCAUUGGCCCAUGUCGCUGUCAAUCACGAAUCCCUGCCUUCCUAUUGGCUGGCGCUUGGCGGGAGCGUCAAGCUCGCUCUGAGGCGGCUCUGGGGUCCCCGGCGGAGCCUCCCUCUAUCCCCGAUCCCAAUCCCGGUCCCAGACCUCAGUCCCGGUCUCAGUCCCCAUCCUGGUCCCGGUCCCAAUCCCAAUUCCCGAUCGACAUGGCGCCCCCUAUUCCCCGCCCGCCCUGAGCCCCUGCUGCCCUCCAGCACGUACGGCAGUUUUACUUCCGUGUGUGAUCAUAGUAACAGCCAAUUAGCGGGCAAAACCCGCCUUAGGGGCGGAAUUCUUUCUCUUCAUUGGCUCUUACAGCUGUCUGUCAAUAGUUUUUUCAAUCCUCAUUGGUUUGAGGCGCGAUGGGCGGGCUCUCUUACUUCCCCUUUCCAUUGGCUCAUUUUGCUGUCAAUCACGAAUCCCUGCCUUCUUAUUGGCUGGCGCUUGGCGGGAGCGUCAAGCUCGCUCUGAGGCGGCUCUGGGGUUCCCCCGGAGCCUCCCUCGAUCCCGACCCCAAAUCCCGAUCCCCGGCCCCAAUUCCCGAUCCCCGGCCCCAAUUCCCAAUCCCCGGCCCCAAUUCCCGCUCCCAAUCCCGGCCCCGCGGCCAUGGAGCGGCAGCAGGAGCUGAAGGUGCUGCUGAAGCGCUGGGAAGCGGAAUUCCUGCGGGAGCGGCGGCGCAAACCCAGCCAGGCUGACAUCGAGGAGGCUCCGGAGGAAACGCGCCGUCUGUACAGGGAGUACCGGGCGCUCAAAAAGCGGGAAAAAAAUUCGGGAGAAACGGGAAAUUCGGGAGCCCAAAAAACCCCAAAGGAGGAGCAGGUGGAAGAUUCGGGAUUUUGGGGCUCCCACCUGAACCGGAGCCCGAAAGGCCCCGGGCGGAGGCAGAGCCCGAAAGCCCGGGCAGGAAUUGCCCAAAUUUUUGGGAUGAAGCUCAAAGCCAAACUGGGAACCUCGGGCAAGGAGCCGCCUCUGACCCCAAAUCCCCGGAAAAUCCCAAAACCUCCCCAGGCCCAGCAAACCCCGGAGCUCGGAGCCGAAAAUCCCCCGGAAAAUCCUGAAGAACCCCCAAAAUUCCCAAGAAUUCCUCCCUCCCUCGCUGGGAAAAAUUCCCGAUUUUUCUCCCGUGGCCGAAAAAUUCCGGCGGCUGCGACGGAGCGUGGCCCAAACGUUGGGAUCCCUGGACCCCGCCUGGGUGCGGAGGUGCGAGGAAUCCCAAAGAAACCAGCGGGGAUUCCUGGGAAGUGACCCCAAAUCCAGCGGGAAUUCCUGGGAAACGACCCCAAAUCCCAGCGGGAAUUCCUGGGAAGUGACCCCAAAUCCCAGUGGGAAUUCCCAAAAAUUGGAGCCAAAUCCCAGCGGGAAUUCCUGGGAAGUGACCCCAAAUCCCAGUGGGAAUUCCCAAAAAUUGGAGCCAAAUCCCAGCGGGAAUUCCUGGAACAUGACCCCAAAUCCCAGCGGGAAUUCCCCGAAAUCGACCCCAAAUCCCAGCGGGAAUUCCAGAAAUCGACCCCAAAUCCCAGAAGGAUUUCCCGGAAAUUGGAGCCAAAUCCCAGCGGGAAUUUCAGGAAAUUGACCCCAAAUCCCAGCGGGAAUUCCCAGAAAUUGGAGCCAAAUCCCAGCGGGAAUUUCAGGAAAAUGACCCCAAAUCCCAGCGGGAAUUCCUAGGAAUCGACCCCAGAUCCCAAGGGGAAUUCCCAGAAAUUGGAGCCAAGUCCCAGAAGGAUUUCCCGGAAAUUGGAGCCAGAUCCCAGCAGGAAUUCCUGGAAAACGACCCCAAAUCUCAGCAGGAAUUUCUGGGAAUCAACUCCAAAUCCCAGCAGGAAUUCCCAGAAAUUGGAGCCAAAUCCCAGCGGGAAUUCCCAGAAAUUGGAGCCAAAUCCCAGCGGGAAUUCCCAGAAAUUGGGGCCAAAUCCCAGCGGGAAUUUCAGGAAUCCCUGGGGAAUUGCGGGCGGAAGCGGCCCCGGCCCCGCGCCGGCUGCGGCUGCGGCGCUGCCGAGGCCCCGGCCAAGCUGCGCAGGGGAUCCCAGCCCGGGCUUUCGCGGAUCCGGCAAAUCCCGGAAAAGAAACAAUCCCAAAGUGGAGCCGGGGAAGGAUCCGGAGAGAUCCCGCAGGAGGAGGAGGAGGAGGAGGAGGAGGAGGGAAAAAAACCCAAAGCC